CACGCCUCUUAAUCUUCUCUAAUAACCCUCUUUCUCUCCUCUUCAUGGCUUCUUCUUCGUCGUCGUCUUCUUCUAGCUUAAAUACUUAUAUAAAUUCUCAACCCACCUUCUCUUUCUCGACCCAUCUGCUCAUGACUUCUUCUUCUUCUUCUUCUUCUUCUUCUUCUUCCUCUUUCACCAAUCUUCUUUCUACUGAUACCAAAGACAUGGACAGUAUUAGCUGGGGACUUUAUGACCAUGGAACUGAUACAAUUGGUAUUGAAAUCCCAAAAUUCAAGUCAUUUACACCUCCUUCUUUACCUCUUUCUCCUCCUCCUGUAUCCCCAUCUUCUUAUUUGGCCAUUCCUACUGGUUUAAGCCUCACAGAGCUCUUGGACUCGCCUGUACUUUUUUCCGGCUCUAAUGUUCUUCCUUCUCCAACCACUGGAGCUUUUGCUGGUCAAACUUUCAACUGGAGGAACAAUUCUAAUGACAAUCAGCGAGGUGGUAGAGGGGAAGAGAAAAGUUUCUCUGAUUUCUCUUUUCAAACCCAAACAAAUCCUACAUCAUCAUCCAUCUUUCAAUCUUCUUCAAGCCUUGUCUCUGUGGAGCAGUCAAUCAAAAGGCAACAAGAAGCAUGGAAUUUUAACAAACCCACAAAGCAAACAGAUUUCUCAUCAGAGAAGGGAGGAGUGGUGAAGUCAGAAUUUAGACCAAUGCAGAGUUUCUCCUCAGAAAUGGCUCCACUCCAAUCAAGCCUACAAAAUAAUGCUGCUUCUCAACCCAGUUACAGUCAGUAUAAUAAUCAACCAGCUCCAUAUAUGAGAGAGCAAAGAAGGUCAGAUGAUGGAUACAACUGGAGGAAGUAUGGACAGAAACAGGUUAAAGGAAGUGAGAACCCACGUAGUUAUUAUAAGUGCACCUAUCCGAAUUGCCCAACAAAGAAAAAGGUAGAGAGAUCUUUGGAUGGACAGAUUACUGAAAUAGUCUAUAAAGGAAGUCACAACCAUCCCAAGCCUCAGUCCACAAGAUCAUCCUCUCAGUCUAUGCAACCUUCUGCAGGAGUCAGCUCAGAAAUCUCAGAUCAAUCUGUUGCUCCAUUGGAGUCCGUCACCAUGCAGGAGGACUCUUCAAUUUCGAUUGGAGAUGAUGAAUUCGAUCAAAGCUCACCGAUUAGUAAUUCAGGAGGAGAUGAAGAUGAAAAUGAACCUGAAGCCAAAAGAUUCAAGGGACAGAAUGAAAAUGAGGGUAUUUUGGCUGCUGGGAGCAGGACUGUUAGAGAACCUAGAAUUGUGGUUCAGACAACAAGUGAUAUUGACAUACUUGAUGAUGGGUAUAGAUGGAGGAAAUAUGGACAGAAAGUAGUAAAAGGAAAUCCCAAUCCAAGGAGCUACUACAAGUGUACAUCUGUUGGUUGUCCCGUGCGAAAACAUGUGGAACGAGCAUCACACGAUGCAAGGGCAGUGAUCACCACUUACGAAGGGAAGCACAACCAUGAUGUUCCAGCUGCUCGUGGCAGCGGCUAUCCAUCCAAUAGACCUCCAUCCAAUGGUAACAGCAGCAGUAUGCCUAUCCCUAUAAGACCCUCUGUCACAACCAGCACAAAUUAUCCGAGCUCGCUGAACAGCACAAGGUUACCAACAUCAGCAAGUCAAGCACCAUUCAACCUAGAAAUGCUGCAUGGUCCAGGGAGCAUUGGUUUCUCAGGUUAUGGGAAGCCAACCGGUUCAUACAUGAACCAAACACAGUAUACACAGAGUGCAUACUCCGGACCUAAGGAAGAACCAAAGGAUGACUCGCUUCUCGACUCUUUCCUAUGUUGAAAACCAAAAAAAACUAACUCCACAAGUAGCAGUUAGGAUUCAGGAAACACUGUUGAAUUAGAUAUGCUUGUAGUAGUGUAAUAUAGAUAUAGUUGUAAUUUUUUAAUUUGUUUUGAGGCCCUUCUAAGCUUGAUAGUAUAGGCCUCAUUUUGUCACAUACACAAUAAUUCAGCAGAAACCUAAAUGGUUCAUUUUUCAAAGCUCA